AACAUAUAUGUAAGAACUUUAUUUCACAGUUUAACAUUAAAACGUAAGCUAACGGACGUUAAUGGGUAUUAACACGUAGGGUAGCUAACGACUAUGUCUGUAUUUUCGCAGUUUACGUUGUUCGACGUCCAGCUAAGCUAAGGCUAACAGUUCACUUGAUUAAGCUAGCGUGGUUGUGUCGGUGAACUUCACAGCCGGCAGCAGGCCUCACUGUUUGUAGCUCGGUGGGGGUUAAGUUAAUUUUAGAACCUAACUUCUUCUGUUUGUAGUGUUUCGUAAGCUAUACUAAAAAGCAAUGUUGUGAUUGUAUGAUUAGCUGCAGUUGAUUUCAUUAGGGAGGUGAAGGGUUAAUUCGCUGUGCAGCCCGUUAUGUCUGAGGUCUGUGGCCCCGCUGAUGUUACUCAGUCUGAUCGGUCUGUGCCCGAUCAGUCUCAAGCUCCUGAACCAGCAGUCUCCCCUGAUCUUCGGUGCCCGUGGGAUCAUGAAACCUGGCCUGAACGCUAUUCUUGGACCUACUGGAUGUGGAAAGUCUUCAUUCUUGGAUAUUCUGGCUGCAAGAAAAGAUCCCUCAGGCCUCUCGGGGGAAGUUCUUAUUGAUGGAGCUCCACAGCCUCCAAAUUUCAAGUGCCUCUCUGGCUAUGUGGUCCAGGAUGAUGUGGUCAUGGGCGCCCUGACUGUGAGGCAGAAUCUGCGUUUCUCUGCAGCCCUGCGACUGCCGAAGUCAGUGCCGCAGAGGGAGAAGGAGGCUCGAGUCAACCACCUCAUUACAGAACUGGGUCUUGCACACGUGGCUGACUCUAGGGUGGGCACAGAGCUGAACCGAGGAAUCUCAGGAGGAGAGAAAAAGAGAACCAGCAUUGGUAUGGAGCUGAUUAUGGAUCCUGCAGUUCUCUUUCUGGAUGAACCGACCACAGGGUUGGAUGCUAGCACUGCCUGUACUGUCCUUCUGCUGCUGAAAAGAAUGGCUGAAAAAGGAAAAACCAUAAUUUUGUCCAUACACCAACCUCGCUACUCCAUCUACAGGCUGUUUGACAGCCUGACUCUGAUGGUUAGUGGUAAAAUGGUGUAUCAUGGACCAGCACAAUCCGCUUUGGUCCACUUCAACAAAAUUGGGUAUCAGUGUGACUCAAACGAUAACCCAGCUGACUUCUUUCUGGAUGUUAUUAAUGGAAACUUCACCGCUGUAACCAGUCCCCCAGUGAACCGCCGAGAAGUUUUGGACUUUGAUGCAAUCAGCAGAGCAAGGCAGAACAUCAAGGAGCACCUGUUGACGGAAUACAUAAAGGCUGAAGACUUCAGCACGACAAAAGCUGAACUGGAGCGCAUCAUCAAGGAUAAGGCGACUGUACCACGUCCUAAGUCCCGCACUGUCACUUAUAACAGCCCCUUCUUUCACCAGCUACGAUGGGUUGUUUGGAGAACUUUGCUGAACCUCAUGUUGCAACCGCAAAUAUGGCUGGCCCCGCUUGGAGUCAACAUUUUCCUGAGUCUCCUCGUUGGAGCCGUUUUCUUUGGGGUGAAAGAUGAUCAGAGUGGACUCCAGAACAGGACGGGUGCCCUCUUCUUCGUCACUGUCCACCAGUGUUUCAGCACCGUCGCUGCAGCGGAGCUCUUCAUCAAGGAGAGGAAACUGUUUAUCCACGAGUACAUCAGCGGCUACUACAGAGUGUCGGUCUACUUCCUCGCUAAGAUGCUGUCUGACAUCACUCUCCGCUCUAUCGUCAUUUCUGUUUUCAGCUGUAUCGUCUAUUUUAUGAUAGGGUUCAAGUCCACACCAGAGAACUUCUCCAUCUUCCUGCUGACGCUGCUGCUGGUGUCCUACACAGCCACAGCCUUGACUGUAGCCGUCUCCGCUGACCAGAACGUCGUUUCUGUCGCCAACAUCCUCAUGUCCAUGUGCUUUGUUGUCAUGAUGCUUUUUUCAGGUCUCCUGGUGAACCUGCCCUCCGUCAUAGUCGGGCUCUCAUGGGUGAAGUACCUCAGUAUUCCUCGUUACGGUUUUACAGCCUUGAAGAUCAAUGAGUUUGUCGGUCUGAUAUUCUGUGAGGACACGGUGACCCACAAUGGCACCACGUCAUCUAUCCUGGCCAACUGCACGAUGAGCGUUCGUGGUCUCACAUGUACAGGAGAGCAGCAUCUGGAGUACCAGGGAAUAAACUACAGUGACUGGGGACUGUGGCAGAAUCACGUGGCUCUGAUGGUGAUGACGAUCCUAUUCCAGAGCGUCGCUUAUCUGAAGCUGCGUUUCAUCAAGAAGUUCUCUUAACAUCAUCGUGUUGGUCUGUGAGAAACGAGGUCAGCAGAUGUUCUUAAAAGCAGCUCGCCAUCAUCGAAUAAGUGUGACGUUUUGGAGAAGUACACUUGUUGUCCUUUUGCAUAGAAUUUAAUGGUCAGGAGGAGGGUAGCUUAGCAUAAAGACAGAAAACAAAGCUGAUUUGGUUUCGUCUAGAUUUUAAAAAUCGAUGUACCAUCAGUAAAGCUGACAAAUAAUGGUUUUAAAUGAAUCCAUUCACAAUCACUAUACUAAAAUUAUUUAAAAUGGUGUAGGUGUGGAGGAAACCAUGCAGUUUAGUCCUCCUCUAUGAUUACUGGCUGGUGUUUGUUUGUUGGUUCACAGCAGGUGGGUAGAAAAUAAAAACCAUGAAUGUAUUAUUACAAUAUAAUAGAACAGCUUUAAAAUGCAUCUAGCUGCCAUAAACUCGGUGCGUGGAAAAAUAAUGAUUAGAGCAGCUUUAAUGUGCAUUUUUUUUUAACUUGCUGAUCUUCUCAUGUCAGAAUCGGCAAGUAAAGCUAUCUCCAAAAUGUCCAACUUAUCAAAUGUGCCUUUGGUUUACAGAUAAGAUCCUUUUCAUGCGAACUGUUUUAUUAUCUUUAUUGGAGGAAAGCCUUGUCUCCACAGUUUUAACUUUUCAGGAACUAAACUGUUUUCCUUGAUAGCCCAAGAGGGGAGUAGGUUUUCUGAACGUAGAACGUUAGAAGUAUGGAAACAGGAUUUUAUUUAUGAAUAUUUACUUUCACUGUAUUAUGUUUUGGAUUUUUUUACAUAUACUGAAGCAAGGCUUUCUUGGUUUUUUACCUCAAAACUGAUCAUGUGUAACUGCAGAAAUUAAAUUCUAUAAAGCAGAUAGUGUUAAUGUAAUCUUUUAGCAGUGAAGUUCCAUAAAAUGUUUGUAUCCUGAUGCAGCUUUUUAAUGACAUGUAUGAAUAUUUUAAUUGGUUUUGUUCUUUUUUAUGAAGUUAUAUAAUUUACAGUGUUGCCUUUUAUGUUCUCAAAACUGAAUAAAUGUAACAGAAUUUACUGAAUUUUGUAUCUAUUU